AUGCAAUCUCCCGAGAACGAAAACGAGACCAACGUCCCCGUCUAAUCGUCGCUCUCCGAAAACCCUAAUUUUCAGCUUAAAAAUCCACCGAUGGCGAGAAGAUCCGCUUCGAUCCUCAAUCGCCUUCUGGCGAAGAAUCCGCCUUCUCCAUUCACCGCACCGACCCGAUCCAUCACCUACAUGCCUCGACCCGGCGACGGAGCCCCACGCACCGUGACCCUGAUUCCGGGAGACGGGAUCGGACCUUUAGUGACCGGUGCGGUGGAACAGGUCAUGGAGGCGAUGCACGCGCCGGUUCACUUCGAGCGGUACGAGGUUCUAGGGCACAUGAGGAGAGUCCCAGAGGAAGUCAUCGAGUCUGUGAAGAGGAACAAGGUUUGCCUCAAAGGUGGAUUAGCGACUCCCGUCGGCGGAGGAGUCAGCUCCUUGAAUAUGCAAUUGAGGAAAGAGCUCGAUAUCUUCGCUUCUCUCGUCAAUUGCAUCAACGUCCCUGGUUUAGCCACGAGGCACGAGAAUGUCGACAUCGUCGUCAUUAGAGAGAACACGGAAGGUGAGUAUUCGGGUCUCGAGCACGAGGUUGUUCCUGGUGUUGUCGAGAGCCUUAAGGUGAUAACUAAGUUUUGUUCUGAGAGAAUUGCUCGAUAUGCAUUUGAGUAUGCGUACCUGAACAAUAGGAAGAAAGUGACUGCUGUUCAUAAAGCCAACAUUAUGAAGCUAGCCGAUGGGCUCUUCCUCGAAUCUUGCAGAGAGGUUGCUAAACAUUAUCCGGGCAUUACAUACAACGAAAUCAUCGUUGACAAUUGUUGUAUGCAGCUUGUCGCUAAGCCCGAACAAUUUGACGUCAUGGUGACGCCUAAUUUGUAUGGUAACCUUGUUGCAAACACGGCGGCUGGAAUAGCCGGUGGCACUGGAGUGAUGCCUGGAGGAAAUGUUGGUGCGGAACAUGCGAUAUUCGAGCAAGGAGCAUCAGCAGGAAAUGUGGGAAACGAUAAGAUAGUGGAGCAGAAGAAAGCGAAUCCUGUGGCUCUACUUCUCUCAUCGGCUAUGAUGCUUAGACAUCUCCGGUUUCCUACUUUCGCCGACCGGCUUGAGACCGCAGUGAAACAAGUGAUACAAGAAGGAAAAUGUCGAACGAAAGAUCUUGGAGGAGAUUGCACCACGCAGGAAGUUGUUGAUGCGGUCAUCGCUGCUCUUGAGUGAAAUUAAGCCCUAUGUGAGCCUGUGCUUCUGCCUGCUGCUUCUUCCUUUUUAAAUUAAACUAAGAGAAAAGUUUUGGUUCCUCUGUUUUCAGUUGCUAUUACUUCUUACUGAUUGUUUUUUGC